CCCGGCCCUGCCCCCCCCAGGCCCGCGCGCGCGGCAGUUCGGGGGGGGCGGCGGUGGGGGUGGGGCUGGCGCUGCUGACGUGCGGCCCCCACGUGCUGCACUCGCUGGCGACCACCCUGGGGACGUGGGUGCUGCUGCGGUGCCUGCCCAGGCGCUGCGGGGGGGCCGCCCUGGUGUGGACCUUCGGGUACCUGCUGUUCUUCCGGACGACGGCGCUGUGGGGGGUCCCCGAGCCCCCCCCGUACGCCAACGCCCUCCAGCUGCUGCUGACCCUCAAGAUGGUGAGCCUGGCCAGUGACGUGCAGGAGCUGCGGGAGGCGGGGGAGAAGGUGGUGACAUCAGAGAAGGGGGAGGAGAUGAUGGCCUGCCUACAACGCUGCCCGGGAUUGGUCGAGAUCCUCUGCUACAGCUACUGUUACCUGGGACUGCUGACGGGUCCCUUCUACCGCUUCGGCACCCACCAGGACUGGGUGCGGGGCCCGGUGCCGGCGGCCUCGUGGCGGCGGGUGCUGGGGCGGGUGCGGUGGGCGCCGGCGCUGGGGGCGCUGGGGGAGGGGGCGGCGCGGCUCUUCCCGCUGGGGGGGCUGGGCGAGCCCGGCUUCGCGGCGCGGCCCUUCGCCUCCCGCCUCUGCUACGUGGCGGCCGUGUUCUUCGCCUUCCGCAUGCGCUUCUACGUGGGCUGGCUCUGCGCGGAGGCCGCCUGCCUCGCCGCCGCCUUCGGGGGGUACCCCCCGGCGCAGCCCCCCGCCCCGGCUGCGGGCCCACCCGGCCCUGCCCCCGCCCCCGCCGGUGAGGGGCUGCGGGGGGCGGGGGGGGACGGGGGGGGUGGGGGGAAAUGGGGGGACAUGGGAGGACAUGGGGUGACAUGGGGGGGGACGGGGGAGGAGCCGCCGGCCGAGCUGUGGGACUUCGAGACCAUCCGCACCGUGGACCCGCUGGGCACCGAGUGCUGCCAGCGCGUGCGCGACGGGCUGCGGCGCUGGAACAUGACGGUGCAGUGGUGGCUGGCGCACUACGUCCACCCCCGCGGCCCCCCCGGGCCCCCCGCCCUGCGGGCCGCCUGGACCAUGCUGGUCUCGGCCUACUGGCACGGCCUGCACGCCGGCUACUACCUGAGCUUCCUGAGCGUGCCGCUGUGGCUGGCGGCCGAGCGGGCGGCGCUGGGCGGGCGGGGGGCCGGGCGGGGGGCCGGGCGGGGGGCGGCGCUGGCCGCCCGCCUCCUCACCAUGCGGGCCUUCGAGUACCUGUGCGCGGGCUUCGUGCUGCGGGACGGCGCCGCCACCCUGCGCUGCUGGGCCGCCCUCGGCUUCUGCCUCCACCUCCUGCCCCUCGGCGCGCUGCUCGCCGCCCCCCUGCUGCGGCCCGCCCCCCUCGACCCCGAUACGGGGGGCGGCGGGGGCACCCCCGCCCCCGGGGACCCCAGUUUGAGGAAGAGGAGGGACCCCCCCACUCCCCUGGACCCUGAUAUUGGGGAGGGGGAGGGCACCCCCGCCCCCGGAGACCCCAAUCUGAGGAAGAGGAGGGACGUCCCUACCCCCUGGGACCCCAAUAUUGGGGAGGGGGAGGGCACCCCCGCCCCCGGGGACCCCAAUUUGAGGAAGAGGAGGGACGUCCCUACCCCCUGGGACCCCAAUAUUGGGGAGAGGGAGGACACCCCCGCCCCCCUAGACUCAAAUAUAGGGAACAGCAGGGGCACCCCUACCCCCCUAGACCCCGAUAUGGGGGAGGGGGAGGGCACCCCCGCCCCCGGAGACCCCAAUCUGAGGAAGAGGAGGGACGCCCCUACCCCCUGGGACCCCAAUAUUGGGGAGGGGGAGGGCACCCCCGCCCCCCCUAGACUCAAAUAUAGGGAACAGCGGGGGCACCCCUACCACCCUAGACCCCGAUAUGGGGGAGGGGGAGGGCACCCCCACCCCACUAGACUCUGAUAUGGGGGAGGGGGAGGGCACCCCCACCCCUGGGGACACCAAUUUGAGGAAGAGGAGGGGGACCCUCACCACCCCGGACCCCAAUAUGGAGGCAGGGGGGGCACCCCAAUCCCAGGGGACCCCCAUGUGAGGAAGAGGAGGGACCCCACACACACACUCCCAGGCUCCGCAGCUGGGUGAAAGGGGGGUGGGGGGCGUUAAGGACCCCGCCCAGGGGGGUUUGGGGGGUUG